AUGAAUGAGAUCAUAGGCACGAAAGUCAACGUUCCUGGGGCUGCCGGUCAGGCCACUUUGCGCUACGUCGGAGGAAUACAGGGCAAGAACGGGGUUUUCGCGGGAUUAGAGCUAGCGGGAACAUUGGCAGCAACAAGAGGUAAGAAUUCAGGAUCGGUUAAUAAUGUGCAAUAUUUUCAGGUUGACGUGCCCAUGAGUGGAUUGUUCUUGCCUUAUGACAGGUUGAGGUCGGUUAAUGUGAAACUACCUGAGCUGAAGACGUAUUUGGCAAGUGCUAAUACGGAGGCAGCGUCAUCUUCUGCAGCAGAUACUGCAGCGGCAGCGGCAGUGGCAGCAGCACCAGCAGGAGCAGCACUAGCAGCGGCUACGUCAGCAGCACUGCCUUCACCAUCGGUGUCAUUGCCAGUAGUGUCACCAAAAUCACCACCUCACACAGACCCUGCUGUGGCAUUGGCCUCGUCUGCGUUUUCAAACACCAAAUUUGCUUCGACUGCGGCAACAACCAACACCAACUCUCCCUAUGGCAGUACACCACACUUGAUCGAGGGAAGCACACAAACGUCUUCAACUUUUAUUAGAUCGCCCUUGAGCCCACUAAACCAAGGAGGGUACCAGAGCGCCAGAAUGAACAUGAUGAAUGAGAACUUGUACCGCUCGGAGCCCAAACCAGCUGCAAACGCAAUCGCCGAGUAUGAAAGCGAGAUCAAGGAACUACGCAAAGUUGUCCGAGAAAAAGACCGCAGAUUAGAGCAUUUCACAAAGCAGAGAGAAGAGUGGCAUACUGCAAUGGAUAACUUGAUGGCUGUUCAACAGGAUGGAAUGCAGGUUUUCGAAGACCGCAUCCAGGAGUUGGAGGAGGUGAAUGCAAAGCAGGCUGCUGAGAUACGGCGAUUGAAUGAAGAGCUCAAUCUGUCCGAGACCCACAACCAGCAGUUGGAAGGAGAGAUUGAGGUGUUGAAAGCGGAGAAGGAGAAUAUUAAAGCUAGCGAUGUCGACAUGGAUGCCGAAGCCGCCGAAGCCGCCGAAGCCGAAGAGAAGUUGGAAAAGUUGCAAGAUUUGAACCGUCAACAGCUGAGUGAAAUGGAGUCGUUGAGGAAAGAAUUGGACCAAUCGAAGCAACUAAUUGCCGAGUUGGAAAAGUACAAACUGCAACACCCCGGUAGUGUUGAUGCUAUUGCUCAGGAUAUCCAAAAUUUCGACUUGUUAGGCAGCAGUUUGGGAACCAUUAGCCGUGACAAUAACUCUCAGCCGGGAGAAGCUCGAGCCAAUAAUGCUGUUUUUGCCAAGCCCUCUAAUACGCCCAUCACGAUGAAUACUGCUGCUUCGAUCUUGGCCAAUACCGCGUCCGCUACCACCGAUUUGUUGGGAUUGGACAUCCCUACCGAUUUGCCUAUUUAUAAAGCUCCAACUUCACUUGAUCCCGCGGCGGGCAAGACCGACUGGUGUGGAAUAUGCGAAAGAGACGGCCACAGCAGUAUCAACUGUCCUUUCGAAACCGAUAUCUUUUAA